AUGGGUCAGCAAUUGUCCCAUGCUCAUGAAAAAUUUCUCUCGAUAACCAAUAAUGAUACCAACGCGCCGCUGACAUCCGAUGCGAUUAUUUCUCAUAGUGGUAAAGACGAUAUUUUGACAUUAUUAAAUGCACAAAAUCCGCAGCUAUUUUCGAAAAGACUUCAUACCAAACAAAUACAAAACCAUCUGUUUCAACUGACGAAUUCCGUCGAAUACGACGCAAUCAAUCGUGAAAUAUAUGGUAUACUCUUCGAAAAUGUUUUCAAGACGGAUCUUGCCAGUCGUUGGCAAACGAUAAUUAGCGAAGUGCAGGCUCUAUUUGACCGAGAACAAAAAUUACAAAUUGAUUUAACGAAAAAAAUUCAAGAGGAGAAGAAUGUUGAUCGAUCGAUAUUUCAUCGUAAGGACAAAAGUGAGCGUCCCGCUCAACAAUUACCAUAUUUUGCCAUACAAUCGUUGACAUCCGUCUUACUGAUUCUGAUCAAAUCUGCCGAAAAACAUGAUCCAACUAUUGUACAACAGAUAUUAACAUUAGCCAGUGAAUUGUGUGAACAGCUGCCGACGAAAUGUUUAUCAUCCGUAACAGACAGUUCUUCCCUUGUCAAAACCUUAAGACCAUUGACCACUUAUAUUAAUGAUCUAUUAUCACGAGAAGAUCCAAGUAUGAGGAAGCAAGCGACAAAAAUCCUGCUAUGUUUUGGACUGGCAAAGAAUUCAUUGAAAGAUAUUUUACCAAUUGUGAAUAAAUUGAUAUUUCAAAUGGAUGAGAUUUAUGAUGCUCAAGGUCUACUAAUGGAACUUAACAAUAAUCUGAUAGAUGCACUGGACGAAUUCGAAACGAAAAAGGACAUGGUAUCGAUUCCGUUGGAAUAUUUAAAAUCCAUUGGAGUUUAUCCAACUGAUCAACUGAUGAAAUUAGACGAUAAGAAAUUUACUGGACAUCUUCUUGCAUCAGCCAUCUUGGCACAUAUUGAUAUUGAUCAUAUCAUUCAUGCCGAUGAACAUUUCAGUAAUGCAUCGAUUUGUAGUACACUAUUUUUAGAAUUUCAUUAUGAGACAUUUCAACAAUUAUUUCAUCUGAUCCAACAAUCAAGUUCAAAUGUUGACUACAUAUUAACAGUAUGUUUACGAUUAUUUACCACACAUCUGAAAUAUUUAUGUGCCGUUCAUUCGACUAUCAAUGGCGAUAUCUUAACAACGAAUCAUAUUCUCAAAGAUGCACUGAAAUCUACUUCUUCCUCACAAGAAAAUUUCGAUUGGACACAGUUUGCAACUAAUACAGAAUUCGACCAAUGGUAUGAACUCUUGUUGAAACUUGCUUGCUCGAGCGAGAAACAGAAUCCUACCACUAUGAUCAUAGCCAAAGAAGCAUCUCAAGGUCUUGUUUUCCUGCUCGAUCAAAAGAUGUCAUUUCUUGACAAACUCUCAUUUAUUUAUCGAUUUAUUCUCGACAAUAAAUAUCCUACACUCAUUGAAUGUCUCUGGACUGAACUCUCAAAAACAACAACAUUACUAUGUUGGAUUGAAGUGCUUGUCAACGAACAAACUCAAUCAAACAAUGAUUCUGCCUUAACAAUCUUAUAUUCAUUCAUCGACAUGUAUUUCAAGCCACCAGUCCAUUUCACCGACGAAAACAAACAACGAACUAAAGACAUAGUACAUAGAUUCCAAGAACUUCUAUUCUUUCGUUUGGGACCCAUCUUUGAAAAGAAACCCGAGCAUCUUCCGCUGUCGACUGAUAUUGAUCAUAUUUCAACAGCAUCUUCUCUCGUCGUAAUUAAAUAUCUGAUUCGAAUUUUGAAUAGCUGUCUCGAAAGUGAACAGAAUAUGCCGACUAUAUUCAGUGACAUUCUUGCUGGUUUGUACUUGAUGAGUGAACAAGAAACAGGUUUAACCUUCUUUUCCGUUCAACCGAUCUUCGUCACGUUAUUACCAUUAUUAGCUGAUCAUAUGAUACGAAAUAAAAUUCAUGACGAGUAUGUUCUUUCGUGGUUAUUAGGUCGAAUGAGUACCUAUCUCAUUGCUAGUCCACCAAAGGACGCUUUGGAAACAAAACAUGUCAAUAGGUUAGAUUCACUUUUAUUUAUGAAUGGCUGUGAACCCAUGGUUAUUGAAAAGAGUCCGUACCUGAUGGAUUUAUUCAAAUCUGAUCUAGCUAUGUACACUCAUUUUCAAUGGAAUCAUCAGGAACGAAAACAAUCGUCGUCUUCAGACGAUGCAUUUCUUCUGUCCAUCUAUCACAAUCAAGAUCAAGGUGCUAAAUUAAUCUCGAAAAUGAAAUUACAUCAAAAAAAUAAACAACGUUUCUUGCCAAAAUCUAUCCAACAGUUUGUUAAUGAUGCUUGUGCAGCGAUUUUUGCUGUCUAUAUCAAACACUAUCGUCGAAUUUAUCUAGCCAAAUCGGAAUUAGUUGGAUCUGAAAACGAAAAACCGCACGAGAAACUUCUCUCCAUUUAUGACUAUGCCAGUCGUGUUCAAACGAUCUUCAGCAAAACCAAAGCACAAGGUGGUGAUUGUAAUGAUCUAUUUAAACGCAUCCAAACCAAUGCUUUAUUUCUGCUCGUCUCUGUCAAAGAGAAUAGUGUCAUUCCAAUCGUCGAAGACAAUCUGCUACACACACCCAAACCGAGUCCACCGAGUUUAUUACGUACCAAACAACACCGUGCACCACAAAUUCAGCGACAAGAGUCACGUUGGACAAAAGCCAAGGCUAUUAUUCGAUUACUUCGAAUUUCUUUACAUGCUUGUACUCGAUUGAAGAAAUUGAUGAUCUCGAAGAAACAAAGCAUCGAACAAAAAUACGAUCCAGAACAGGUUCUUCAUCGUCUGAUUGAUGAUUAUGUCUAUGAAGACAAGCAACACGAGUCCGAUGAGCUCAUGCAAUGUCUUUGUCGACAACAUGAACGUGCCAUGACACGACUCGUCACAUAUCUAUUUAAUGAAGCAUUCCUUGCGAAAAUCUUCACGAUGGACGAUCAUAGUCGAGCAUUAUCGAUCCUUGCUCUUUAUCUACCUCAGAUGAGACAUGCCAAUCUCGUCGAAUGGACUCAUGCAGAGAACAUUCAAGCAUGCAACAAUGAACUGAAAGAUGCUAUUGCCAAGAGUUAUUAUGCAUGUAUUCAUAUGAAUCUUUCUCAUCUCUUACAAUCGCUAAUCUUGAUACCAUCGAUAUUCCAUCUGUUAAAUCUUUCCUAUCGAUCUCUCGAUAUUCAUUAUCUCGAUCAUUAUCAAGUCAUCCAAACAUUAUGCAAAACCUAUGUGAAUUUCGCGGACAAAUCCGAUUCAUCACUUUCGUUGAAAACUAAACUCACCGGAUACACUUGGUUUCGAUUAUUUGUUUAUAAACUUUGUGAUAAUAUCCAAGAAGAACAAGCACAUGGACUAGUGGCCAACCCAUUGCUCCAUCAACAACGAGACUUCAUUUUUCGAUCGAUCAUCAUCGGUCAAUUGCAAGAGUUGAAACGAUUGAAACAAACAUUAUCCACGGCUACGGAAGAAGAUCAGACUGAUUCUCUUAGUCAUCCGUCUCUUGGAUGGUUCAUUAAACAAACGACGGCUGCCAGUGAUGAUAUCGAACUGUGUCUGAAUCAAUUCUUAGCUCUUCUCCUUCGUUGUGUUCAUCUCUAUGAACAUGUUCGAUCAUGCUGUGCAACGAUCGAAUGUGUCGAUGUACUGCUCGAUAUUUACCAUCACAGUCAACAUCAAAGUACGCGAUUACUAGCCACGAAAGUCUUACGCGACAUUAUCUGCUUCGUACCAGAAACGAGAAAUGAACGAGCAAUUACAAUGAUGAAAGGUCUAUUCAACGAACUCUUUGUGUCAAUUAUGAACAGUUCUACUGAGAUCAUCACCGAAUCAAUUAACAUUUAUCGAACAUUAAUGUCUGUUAAGUCGGCCUGGCAAUCAGUCGCUAUACAAAAAGUAUUCGAUUCUAUCAUGUCGAUGUCGAACAAUUACGAAUCUCUGAUCAACACUGACAAAAAUAAAUGGAAUGAUCUUGUCGUGGCAUUAUACAUCUUAGGUGGAUACCUUCAACCUUUUGGUUUAGGAUCAAUCGUUCGAAUGUAUGUCGACGAUGAAGACAUUGAUGAAUUUGAAUUAGGUCUGAUUACUGGAAUUAAUAGCGAUGCUCGUGAUCAAGACAGUUCUGAUGUCUUACCCUAUCUUGUUCAGUAUAGUCAAUCGGAGAAAUCCGAAUGGAAUUCAGCUGAUAAACUCUUCGUGAACAUCGAUGUCUUACCACCGAAUUUAUUGUCGAUGUACAAUGAAAAUGAUCCCAUGAUUAUCACUUUCCAUGCUGUUCUUGACACAAUCGGAUCGUUUUUACAAAUUCCGACAUCACCCAACACAACGUUGCUAUUACUUCAAUUGAAACGUUAUGCUAUCACGGUUAUCUAUCGACUAUUGAACAACAGAAAUAUUGUGGAAAUUUUCAUGGAAAAACCUUAUGCAAGUGUCAUAGCACAAUUAGCACUUGGAGGCAACCAUCUCAUGCCAAAUGAUUUACGUCUAUUCAAUCGACAACAUCUCGAGCAAUAUUGUUUAAGUUUAGACAGAUGUGUUCAAUCGAAAACAAUCGUCGAAAAGGAUACUGAUGAUCAUAAUGAAUCAUUUCAAAACGAUGCAUUGUCCACCUCGGAUACUACUGCCGACGAUUCCUUGUAUGUUGUCUGGAAUACUAAACGAACCAAUCGUGAUCAAUCGGUCAUUGAUGCGUUGUCCGCAAGUGCCUUGAAAUAUGGCGGAUGGAAGGCGAAUGCAUCCGAAAUCGAAAUCGAAUUGUACAAACAGGGACGACAUGGAAGUGAAACGAUCUCGAUUGUCUCCAUACCACGUGAACUUGCCAAAGCACAAGCAUUCGAAGAAUGCGGAAAUAAACAGCGAUUUAAUGGGCGCAUCGAUAUGGAAUCAAGCGGGGUUUCACCUGGUUUUCCGACGUUUACUUUCGACAAUCUGCAGCUGAGUGAAGGUAAAUGGUACUAUUGUGUGAGACUACCAGCUGCUGGUCUUGUUCAAAUCGGAUGGGCAACAGCUGGGUUCAAGCCUGACGCGAGCGAUGGUGUUGGUGUUGGUGAUGAUGAACAUUCGUGGAGUUAUGAUGGUUCACGAAGUGUUCUCUUUCAUAAUGGUCCGUAUAAUUUUCCAUCGUCGGAAGUUCUCCUAUGGAAAGAAAAUGAUGUUUGUGGUUGUGGAAUUGAAAUCGACAAAGAAAUCACUCGAAUCAAAUACUGGUUAAAUGGAAAGUUCUUAGGAACAGCUUUCACGCAUACAACAGAUCCAACUCCAUCAAGACUUCAAUGCAAUAUGAAGCCAAAUGGACGUAGUACGACCUACUUUCCUUGUGUGACUUUACAAUUAUAUUGUGCGACGGAUUGUUGUGAACUGAUCGUCAGUGCAGAAGAUAUGGAUGAAUGUCCAAUACCAGCAGGAUAUAAACCACUACUCACGCCGAAUUUAGUCCAUGUUGAAAACUCGAUUGUUGCCUAUCCAUACAGUGCUUAUCUGGUCGGUGAUGAUAUUCAAGAUUAUUUACAUACGUCUUCGGAAUCGAAAAAGUCUGCGUCUCUGCUCCGAGAUUUUGUCAAUGAACAUCAUCUAGAAACGACAUGCACGCUCGACAAUCAAUGGCUCGUCGUGCCUGAAAAUUCGGGUGGUUUACCUGUUCCACUGAAUCCGCUCGAAUCGUCAUGGACAAUUAGUUUUGAUGUGAAACUUCCAUCCGAUGAAGAUAGUGCGAACAGCAAACAGGAUCUUCUGCUAUUGAAAUUCGAUCAACGAGAGAUGUUUCCAAUAUCGAUCUCAUCCAAUGCAAGUGAUGAUAAUGAGGAGAAAGUGAUACACGUCGCUAUUGUCUGCAGUCUAGACGACCAGCAAACCAAAGUCUAUCUCAAUGACAGAUGUCGAACAUUUAUCGGAGGACUCCAUGCGAACACAAUCGCGGACUCCAAAUUGUUUCUCUUACCGAACGGCGGUGUUCGGAUUCGUAAUCUUGGUCGAUGGAAAUAUGCACUGUCCGAAGAACAUAUUCGUCGUCUAUUUCUCUAUGGCCUCUUCUACGUGGCUGCUGAUUAUCAUGAACAGCAGAAAUAUCGUAAACAAGCAAAUACAUUUUCGUUCUCGGAAGCUCAACCAAGGUUCUCUAGCGAAUUACUCGUUCCAUUCAAUAAACCAUUUGAAGAAAAUCACUGGGUGAACAAGAAAAAAUCAGGUACAAUUGAUAGUUCGAACUAUUUCACAUUUGAUGACUCGUCGAUUCAACUCUUCGGAAACAAAACGUAUCUUGUUCUCGACAUAUCUGGCCAACAACACUCGUCACCAUUAAUACUUAUACUCGAUGUUUCCAUUCCGAAACUUCCCAUCGAUAAUGAACAAUUGACACUGGUUGUAUUCACUCCUGAAUUACGCAUUAUUCUCAAACAUACCGGUCAUCUUGGCUUCUUCAACGAAGAUCAGAUGCAAACAAGUGACGAGAUGAUAAUCUUGAAUGAAUUUGUUCGUUUAUUGAUUUGUCUCGAAGAACAAGAGAUUAAAGUGUAUCAAAAUGCUACGUUAAUGCUGUCUGUUCAGGUGAAUUAUGAUCAGAUUCGAUCCACUGUCAAGCAUAUUGAUCUAUUCCGUGAACUCGAUCUUACAAAGAAUACCACCAAUGAAAGUACACUUCGACUACAAUGUAAAUCAAUCACAUUUCGCAGUCAACCAAUAGCCGCCACGGAUAUCGACAUGUACAUGAAAUCACCGAUGUGUUCUCUCGAACCAUGGCUUGCACCGCCCUUUUCACUAAUGACAUCAAGUCUUGUAGCGAUUGGAUACAAAGCAACAUGGAUUAAGUUGAUGAUGGAACAACACAAUACGCGAAAUCUUCAGCAUCUUGAUACAUUCAUUCGUGAACAGGAAGAAGAAUUGUCGAAAAAAGACCAGGAUAAUCAACGAGCACACAUGCUUGACAUUUUAUUCAAUAUUGGUCCAUCGAUUGAUCAAGAAAAGUUGAAAAACUUAAUCACGUUUUCAAAACUCGAUAUAGAUGAUGAUCUGACAACGAUUAGUGAACUGAUAUUUAAUUGUUGGCAAGACCUACAACGAUCAACGUCAGAUAUCAUCGAAACAGAGAAUGACAGUGAGGAAGAAAUGGAAUGGUUUUAUCGAAGUGUUCGUCGACUAGGAAUCAACGGUAGUGUGAAUGAUUGGAUGCAAGACAAAUCCAAGAAAUACAAUGAUACUACUGAUUCGAUUUUUCAACUUCUAGAUCUAACCAAACCGAAACAAGAUCAAAACAUGGAAACUGUACAAAAGCUGACGCAGAAAUCUCUCCAUUAUUCACAUCAGUCAGUAACAAAGAAACAAUAUCUUGACUCACGUAUUGCUUGCGAACAUGGUCUGAUAAUGAUCUAUGCUCGUGAGAUUAUUUUGAAUAUACUGCAAGUCUGGUCGACCACUAAUCAGUCAAAUUUAUUUCCAUGGGAAAAAUUUGGUGAUUAUACGUUUAUUCUCAAACUGAUGCGCCUAUUAGAUUCUCAUUCAUCGUAUGCGAGUACUCGUGCAGAUCAACUUGGUGAUCGAAUGAAUGUGAUUAUUAAGUCAAUUCUGCAACUUGAAAUCGGUCAAUUAUUGAAACAAACCAACAUGGAGAAGCAUCUUGAGCAACAGGCUCCAUUACUGUAUCACUUACAAAAAGAUUUUGUUGUUCAAUCGAUUCGAUUGCUCGAAAAUCCAUCUUUACUUGUGAAAAACUCGAUCAAUGAACAAACGUUGAAUUUUCUUCUGAAAAUUGUUAGUCUAUUCUCCGAAAUUGUUACUGAUCAAUCGAGCAUGAAUCAGAAUGACACCGACAAGAUUCUUCCAAUUUUAUUUUCGGAUUUACUGAUCACUUUGAUCUUCGAUCUCUUCCUUUUAGUUCCUACUCAUCAAGUAAAAAUCUGUAUUCUUCGUCUCUUUGCCAAUUUAAUACAAGCUAGUGACAAUUUUAAACUUCGACAAGACAUUCUUUAUUUUUUAAGUCGCUUAUUCAUUCAACUAUCAAGUGACGUUGCCUCCACAACUGAUCACACACUGAAACAAUUUUCCUUGAGUGUUACAAACAUCAUUUAUUUACUUAUAUUGAGAAAAAAGAAACGUAUGGAAAGUACAGAUGAACAACUGCAGCCAAUGUUAGCUCUAUGUUUAAAAGCUGUUCGUAAUCUCUUCACAGUUCUUGAUGUAAUUCAUACUCUCCAGGAUAGAACGAAACAAGCGCCAUGGCCGGAAGCUUUUCUUGCACUAUUCGACACUAUCUCAAAUGAAGAUCUCAAUGAAACAAAGAUAUAUUUCAAUGAAACUGCCGAUCUACAACUUCUGAACUUGAUAAACAAGAAAUUAUCAUCGGACAGUCCUCUUACAGAAAUCAUUAACUGUCUACCAAUGGAAUCAGAAUCAACGGCAGGCAUCUAUCAAGAAUAUCCAUUAUUAUCGAACAUUCCCGGCAAAUAUGUACGAGCACGUGCCACGUUAUUCGGUGAAUUGGCUGCAUUGAUUGCAGAAGCUCUGCCGGCUGUCGAUUUAAGUUUAUCAUCAGGUCAAAGUAAUCUCUUAGAUCAAUUUCGUCAAACGAAAAUUUAUCUGUUCUAUAUCCUGAAAUCUUGUUUACUACAGGAAUCUCUCGAGAAAACUAUUGUAAGCAAUAAUGAAUAUGAUAGUCGACCAUCAGUUCAAUUCGAUACAUUGAAAGCCAGUCAACCAGGUGAGAACGGUGAAAAUACAAUGUUCAAUCAAGCAUUCGAGCAAUUAUUCAAAGAUGCAUCUGUUAAAUUUCGCCGAUCAGAUGAACAUCUUUGGCAUGCGACCUAUGUUGGAAUGCAUAGUAUCGAUGCCGGUGGACCCUAUCGAGAUUCGAUUACGUGUAUCUGUUCAGAUAUAUGUAGUACGCGACUAUCAUUGUUCAUUCUAUGUCCAAACGGACGUACAGGUACUGGUUCGAAUCAAGAUCGUUGGAUUCCGAAUGUCUUCAAACCGACAGAAUCUAUUUCGAGUCGAAUUCGAAAUCAAUAUCGAUUCGUCGGUCAGUUGAUGGGCAUGGCCAUUCGUCAGAAACAUUAUCUAGAUUUAAAAUUUUCAACGUUACUCUGGAAACAACUUGUCCGAGAAUCAAUUGUCUUGGAAGAUAUCGAAGCCAUCGACAUACAGAGUUUUACUAUUAUCAAAGAAAUGGAAAUGCAAAUUGAACAAAGUAACUUGAUGGAUAACGAUGUUGAUAUUGAUUUUCUAUUGAGUAGUGUUAUGAGUGAACUUCGCUUUGAAGUGGUCGGUUCGGCUGGACAAACGUAUGAGCUCAUUUCUGGCGGCAAAGAUAUUCCAAUCACUGCAACUAAUUUCAAAGAUUAUUGUCGCAGAUUUCGUGAAUAUCGUCUGAAUGAAUUUUCUCGACAGAUUAAUUAUAUUCGACAAGGUUUGUAUAGUAUUGUUCCAUCGUAUUAUUUAAGUUUAUUUACUGCUCGUGAACUUGAACAAGCCGUAUGUGGCAAUGGUCAUAUCGAUAUUGAACUACUGAAAAGAAAUACUGAUUAUUCUAAUGAAUUUCGAGAAGAUUCACCACAUAUUCAACGAUUUUGGACCGUUCUCAAAGACAUGUUCAAUGAAGAACAACGAAAAGCUUUUUUGAUCUUCGUCUGGGGAAGAAGUACAUUACCAAUGCGAGAUGAAGAUUUUACGUCGAGAUUUCAUAUCAAUCCAUACUGUGGAUCUUCCAACGAAAUCGAUCGAGUACUUCCUCAAUCACAUACAUGUAGUUUUGCUAUUGAUCUGCCAGAAUAUUCUACGACGGAAAUUAUGUACGAACGGUUGAAUUAUGCGGUCACCUAUUGUUCGAGUAUCGAUGCUGAUUAA